GGAAAUACGUGUUACUUCUUCCGUGUUCUUCUUCCUUUGACUGCACAACGUUGUCGAGUGUUUGAACACACUGCAUGCGAUUCUUGUCUUUUUUGAGUGGCGGGGUCAUUAAACGAUGGCUCACCGAAAUGUACAGCAAAUGAACAUGCAGAGCCACCAUUCCCCGCAGGCGGGGAGACACGGGACCAACUCUCCCGCCGCGGUGGAGCAGAAUGCACCGCCUCACAAAGAAGGCCAGACGCCGCCUCCUCCUUCCCCGCCGGCCACCGGCGAGGGGGGAGUACCCGGGGAGGGAAGCGGACCAGACCCCAAUGCCCUGUCCCUGGAGAUGAUCUUGGACCUCAAGAGCUUCAGGAAGCCCUGGGAGAAGACGUUCACCCAGCGCUGUCGGCUGUUCGUCGGGAACCUGCCGACGGACCUCUCCGAGGAGGAUUUCAAGAAGCUGUUCUCCAAAUACGGAGAGGCCAACGAGGUGUUCAUCAACCGAGACCGGGGCUUCGGGUUCAUCCGCCUGGAGAGCCGUACACUGGCAGAAAUUGCCAAAGCAGAAUUGGACGGAAUUGUUCUGAAGAAUCGACCAAUAAGGAUCCGCUUCGCCACCCAUGGCGCUGCCCUCACCGUGCGCAACCUGUCGCCGGCGGUGACCAAUGAGCUUCUGGAAGAGGCGUUCUCGGAGUUCGGCCCGGUGGAGCGGGCCGUGGUGGUGGUGGACCCCCGCGGCCGCCCCACGGGGAAGGGCUUCGUGGAGUUCGCCAACAAACCGGCCGCCCGCAAAGCCCUGGACCGGUGUGCUGACGGCGCGCUACUGCUCACCACGACCCCACGCCCGGCCAUCGUGGAGCCCACCGAGCAGCUGGACGAUGAGGACGGGCUGGCGGAGAAGCUGCUGCAGAAGACACCCCUGUACCACAAGGAGAGGGAGCAGCCCCCGCGCUUCGCCCAGCCGGGCACCUUUGAGUUCGAGUACUCGUCCCGCUGGAAGGCGCUGGACGAGAUGGAGCGGCAGCAGCGGGAGCAGGUGGAGCGCAACAUCGGCGAGGCCCGCGAGAAGCUGGAGACGGAGAUGGAGGCGGCCAAGCACGAGCACCAGCUCAUGAUGAUGAGACAGGAUCUGAUGCGACGCCAGGAGGAGCUGAGGAGGCUGGAGGACCUGAGGAACCAGGAGUUGCAGAAGCGCAAGCAGAUUGAGAUGAGGCAUGAAGAGGAGAGGCGCAGGAGAGAGGACGAGAUGAUGAGACACAGAGAGCAGCCUGACGGGUUCAAACCUAACUUCAUGGAGGGCAGGGAACAGGAAAUGAGAAUGGGUGAGCUGGGCCCUCGUGGAGCCAUUAAUAUGGGAGAUGGCUUUAAUCCUGCCGUGGCUGGGGCCGUUGGCAGCCAGGCUCCCCCUCAAAUGAUGGGCAUGGGCAUGGGUGCAAGGGGUGGAGCCAUAGGCCCGGACGGAGCCGGAAAUCUGGGAGCAGCCAUGAUGCCAGAAAACGGAGCCAUGCGCAAUGAGCGCUUCCCACAAGGGGGCCCUCUAGGGGGCCGGCCAGGGGUUGAGUCCCCCCAGCAGCAGCAGCAGCAGCAACAACAGCAGCAGCUACAACAACAACAACAACAGCAGCAGCAGCUACAACAACAACAGCAGCAGCAGCUACAACAGCAGCAGCAGCAGCAGCAGCAGCAGCAGCAGCAGCAGCAGCAAGCAGGACCUCCAGGUGGAGUGGUCCCAGGAUUCGGCAGGGGGGCCCCAGUCGCGGGGACCUUUGAGGGCCCCAACAGCAAGCGUCGUCGAUUCUAGGCUCCUUAUCUCUCCUGGAAACGGUUCAUUCGUUUUUUUUCAGGCGGGAAGGGAUUAUUGUUGUUGGCAGAUUUUGUUGUUUUUAUCCCAUUGUUUUUGUUUUUAUUCCAUUUUUUUUGUUUUUAUUCCAUUGUUUUUUUUAAUUGUGACUUGGAGGCGGCCUCAUUCUCUACCUGAGGUCUGCAGACAGGCCCUGUGUUAACGGUUUCCGAAAGUCCCAUUUCCUUUCUACGUUCUCUCCUGUUUAUUAUGGUCUUUUCUUCUCAUUCUUGGAGAAUCAACUUUUUGUUUUCGGAGGUUGAAUUUUGAUCAAGGGUAAAAACGGUGGUGCGAUUUCUGAGCAGGUAAACCAUUUUGUUAAUGGUUGGUGUUUGUAUUCCUACUGCUUUCCAAGAUGCAAAGUGAAAAUGAAAUCCCAACUCAAACUUUCUGAUCGAAUAGAUGUGUGUGUGUGUGUGUGUGUGUGUGUAGGACCAUUUCAUGUACAGUCAAGGCCUUUUGUAAUACAGUUCCUCUAGCUUGGUCUGUGACACUUAAGCCGAAUAGUUGCAUCAUUUCAAAGUAGGCUUGCUCUUGAAGUGUUAUGUUCUUAUUGCAAAAAUUGUUUGGCCCACCACUGAACUCUCACACUGUCCGUCCACUUGAUAAGGUCGAUUUAAAGUUGUUCUGGCGUCGUAGUGUCUCUCACACUAUGUUUACUGUGAAAGGAACCGUCUUGAUCACUCUGAUGUCCUCACUGAAUGUUCCUGGCGGUCUGCUGCCUCUUGUUCCCACAUCUCCCCAAGUUAAAUAAAGUACACAAAAACACA